AUGGAGGAGGUUUAUAUCAAACGUGUGGAGAUGCUGGGGUUCGAGAAGCGCCUUUCCCCCAGUCGCUAUUAUGUGUUCAGGCUGAUGGUGCAGUGGAGCGAUCUGUCGGAGAAGCUGAUCAAGUUCGCGGACGACACCACCCUCAUUGGACUCAUCUCCAACAACGAUGAGUCCGCCUACAGGAGGGAGGUGGACCGGCUGGUGUCCUGGUGCAGUGGUAACAACCUGGAGCUGAACGCCCAGAAGACAGUGGAGAUGAUUGUGGACUUCAGGAAGAGCACUGUCCCCCCGCCCCCACCCUCCGUGAUGGACUCCCCCAUCACCUCUGUGGAGUCCUUCCGUUUCCUGGACACCACCAUCACCCAGGACCUCAAGUGGGAGCCGACCAUCAGCUCCCUCAUCAAGAAGGCCCAGCAGAGGAUGUACUUCCUGCGGCAGCUCAGGAAAGCCAAGCUGCAGUUCUACACGGCCAUCAUCGAGUCCAUCCUCACCUCCUCCGUCACCGUGUGGUUCGCUGGAGCCACAGUCAGGGACAAACAGAGACUACAGUGCAUUGUGCGCUCUGCAGAGGAAGUGAUCGGCCGCAGCCUUCCAUCGCUGCAGGACCUAGACACGGGAGGAGAGAGACACGGGAGGAGAGAGACACGCGAGGAGAGAGACACGGGAGGAGGGAGACACGGGAGGAGAGAGACACGGGAGGAGAGAGACACGGGAGGAGAGAGACACGGGAGGAGAGAGACACGGGAGGAGAGAGACACGGGAGGAGAGAGACACGGGAGGAGGGAGACACGGGAGGAGAGAGACACGGGAGGAGGGAGAGAGAGAGAGGGAGAGAGAUACGGGAGGAGGGAGACACGGGAGGAGAGAGACACGGGAGGAGAGAGACACGGGAGGAGGGAGACACGGGAGGAGGGAGACACGGGAGGAGGGAGACACGGGAGGAGAGAGACACGGGAGGAGGGAGACACGGGAGGAGAGAGACACAGGAGGAGGGAGACACGGGAGGAGAGAGAGACACGGGAGGAGAGAGACACGGGAGGAGGGAGACACGGGAGGAGAGAGACACGGGAGGAGAGAGACACGGGAGGAGAGAGACACGGGAGGAGAGAGACACGGGAGGAGGGAGACACGGGAGGAGAGAGACACGGGAGGAGGGAGACACGGGAGGAGAGAGACACGAGAGAGACACGGGAGGAGAGAGACACGGGAGGAGAGAGACACGGGAGGAGGGAGACACGGGAGGAGAGAGACACGGGGAGGAGGGAGAGGGAGGAGGGAGACACGGGAGGAGGGAGACACGGGAGGAGAGAGACACGAGAGAGACACGGGAGGAGAGAGACACGGGAGGAGAGAGACACGGGAGGAGGGAGACACGGGAGGAGAGAGACACGGGAGGAGGGAGACACGGGAGGAGGGAGACACGGAGGAGGGAGACACGGGAGGAGGGAGACACGGAGGAGGAGGGAGACACGGGAGGAGGGAGACACGGAGGAGGGAGACACGGGAGGAGAGAGACACGGGAGGAGGGAGACACGGGAGGAGGGAGACACGGGAGGAGAGAGACACGGGAGGAGAGAGACACGGGAGGAGGGAGACACGGGAGGAGAGAGACACAGGAGGAGGGAGACACGGGAGGAGAGAGACACGGGAGGAGAGAGACACGGGAGGAGGGAGACACGGGAGGAGAGAGACACGGGAGGAGAGAGACACGGGAGGAGAGAGACACGGGAGGAGAGAGACACGGGAGGAGGGAGACACGGGAGGAGUGAGACACGGGAGGAUGGAGAGAGAGAGAGGGAGAGAGAUACGGGAGGAGGGAGACACGGGAGGAGGGAGACACGGGAGGAGAGAGACACGAGAGAGACACGGGAGGAGGGAGACACGGGAGGAGAGAGACACGGGAGGAGGGAGACACGGGAGGAGAGAGACACGGGAGGAGGGAGACACGGGAGGAGGGAGACACGGGGAGAGAGAGACACGGGAGGAGGGAGACACGGGAGGAGAGAGACACGGGAGGAGGGAGACACGGGAGGAGGGAGACACGGGAGGAGGGAGACACGGGAGGAGAGAGACACGGGAGGAGAGAGACACGGGAGGAGGGAGACACGGAGGAGGAGGGAGACACGGGAGGAGGGAGACACGGAGGAGGAGGGAGACACGGGAGGAGGGAGACACGGGAGGAGGGAGACACGGAGGAGGGAGACACGGGAGGAGGGAGACACGGAGGAGGGAGACACGGAGGAGGGAGACACGGGAGGAGGGAGACACGGAGGAGGAGGGAGACACGGGAGGAGGGAGACACGGAGGAGGGAGACACGGGAGGAGAGAGACACGGAGGAGGGAGACACGGGAGGAGGGAGACACGGAGGAGGGAGACACGGGAGGAGAGAGACACGGGAGGAGAGAGACACGGGAGGAGGAGACACGGAGGAGGGAGACACGGGAGGAGAGAGACACGGGAGGAGGGAGACACGGGAGGAGGGAGACACGGGAGGAGGGAGACACGGGAGGAGGGAGACACGGGAGGAGGGAGACACGGAGGAGGAGGGAGACACGGAGAGGGGAGACACGGAGGAGGGAGACACGGAGGAGGGAGACACGGAGGAGGAGACGGAGAGAGACACGGGAGGAGAGAGACACGGGAGGAGAGAGACACGGGAGGAGAGAGACACGGGAGGAGGGAGACACGGGAGGAGGGAGACACGGGAGGAGGGAGACACGGGAGGAGAGAGACACGGGAGGAGAGAGACACGGGAGGAGGGAGACACGGAGGAGGAGGGAGACACGGGAGGAGGGAGACAACGGAGGAGGAGGGAGACACGGGAGGAGGGAGACACGGGAGGAGGGAGACACGGAGGAGGGAGACACGGGAGGAGGGAGACACGGAGGAGGGAGACACGGAGGAGGGAGACACGGGAGGAGGGAGACACGGAGGAGGAGGGAGACACGGGAGGAGGGAGACACGGAGGAGGGAGACACGGGAGGAGAGAGACACGGAGGAGGGAGACACGGGAGGAGGGAGACACGGAGGAGGGAGACACGGGAGGAGAGAGACACGGGAGGAGAGAGACACGGGAGGAGGGAGACACGGAGGAGGGAGACACGGGAGGAGAGAGACACGGGAGGAGGGAGACACGGGAGGAGGGAGACACGGGAGGAGGGAGACACGGGAGGAGGGAGACACGGGAGGAGGGAGACACGGAGGAGGAGGGAGACACGGGAGGAGGGAGACACGGAGGAGGGAGACACGGGAGGAGAGAGACACGGGAGGAGGGAGAGAGAGAGAGGGAGAGAGAUACGCAAGGAGCGAGAGAUGCAAGGAGAAACACAAGGAACACAAACAAGACUUAA